AUGGGGCUGAGCACACAGGGGCGCUGCCCUCCGGGCCUGCCUGCACUGCCCACGCUCCUCUGCCCGCAGAUCUGUGCCCUGCUCUUCGCCAGCCUCUACAUCCUCUGCCACUUCAUCAUAACCCACUUCAAGAAGCACACGGACUUCACAGCAGUGCACGAUGACGAGGAUGCUGCUGUCAACAGGAUUGCGCUGGGGCUCUGCACCUUCACCCUGGCCGUGGCACUGGGCGCCGUCCUCCUCCUGCCCUUCUCCAUCAUCAGCAACGAGGUGCUGCUCUCCUUCCCCCACAACUACUACAUCCAGUGGCUCAGCGGGUCCCUUGUCCACGACCUCUGGGAAUAUUACCUGCCCUACCUCUACUCCUGCAUCUCCCUCUUUGGUGUGCUGCUUCUGCUGUUGUGCACCCCCUUCGGCCUCUCCACCAUGUUCACCGUCACGGGGAAGCUGCUGGUGAAACCCCGGCUCCUGGAAGACCUGGACGAGCAGUUGAGCUGCACGAGGUUUGAGGAAGCUGCUGUAUCCCGCAGGAUCCGCUCUGGCAAAGCUUCCUGCUGGCUGAACCUGGACAUGGAGCUGCUGCAGGAGCAGUUCUUUGCCAUCCGGAGCAAGAGGAGGAAAUUGGAGCUGCGGCACCGAGCGUCGCCCUGGCAGAGGAACCUGGGCUACCCCCUGGCCAUGCUGGGCCUCCUGGCGCUGACGGGCAUUUCUGUGCUCAUCGUCUGCUUCCACGUCCUGGAGCUGCUGCUGGACGAUGCCGCGAUGCCACGGGGCAUCCAGGACGCGUCCCUGGGCCAGGUCUCCUUCUCCAUCUUUGGUUCCUUCGGAGCUGCCCUGCAGGUCGUCCUCAUCUUCCCAGACUUCGGGGUUCGCCACUAA